AUGGCUCCCUGGGCCAAGGCAGCAUUCGAUCUCAUAGGAGGCACCGAUAACAACCCGAGAAACAUCAUGUCGACAUACAACCCUACCAGUCCUGGUAGCCAAUCAGUGGAAGCGCCAGUGACUGGAGAGUAUUUGGAGAAUGGGCGCUAUUAUCCAAGUUACAAAAGGGGCCAGUACAUGUUUCCCUGCGACGAGGAGGAGCGUGACAGGCUCGAUGUCUUCCACAGAAUGUAUUUCGAGGCCCGAAAAGGUCACCUACACAGCGCACCACUAGCUCGAGAUCGUCAAGUGAGGAUAUUGGAUGCCGGAACUGGUACAGGAAUCUGGGCCAUCCAGAUGGCAGACACGUACCAGAAUGCACUCCUCACCGGCACCGACCUGACCAUGAUGCAACCCAACCUCAUACCUGCGAAUGCUCGCUUUUUGCAGUCAGACAUGGAAGCGCCUUGGUCUCUGGGUGAGACCGGGUGGGAUAUGAUCCAUGUCAGAGCCAUGAUGGGCAGCAUCGCCCGCUGGGACCAAUUUUACCACGAAGUCACAAGACAUCUACUACCGGGCGAGGGUCGGCUCGAGCACGUCGAGAUCGACUGGACCCCGCGAUGUGACGAUGGAACUCUGGCGGAGAACGCAGCUGUCAGAACCUGGGCUCACGAGCUCAUGGGCGUCAUGGACGAAACCGGGCGCCCCAUGAGGUUCGACCCACCUAGGCAGAGGCAGCUCAUGGCUGAAGCGGGACUGGUCGACAUCACCGAGGAGAUCAUCAAAGUGCCGUUCAAUGGGUGGGAAGGGGACCUCGCUGAUAGGCCAGCUGGUCGAUUCUUCUUCCUCGGCCUCAAAAAGGGCAUCGAGGCGCUCAGUCUGGCUCCCUUCUGCCGCUACAAGAGGAUGUCACCGGAAGAGGUGAAGGCCGUCACCGACAAGGUGAUCUCUGAAGUGAGCCUUCGCCGUAAUCACGGCUACUGCAACUUGUAA